GUAAAGGCGACAGUGCGACAAGGGUCGUUUGGGCGAAGGCCGACGACCCUCGCCGGAUUUGAGUAACGUGACCCAUUGAUACCAAGUCCGGUCCGCCCAAGCAGAUCGACCAGGUCUACUCUCAAUCAGCACGGCCAUUUCAGAAGCGCCAUUCACCAAACCGGAGAUGCUCACUCUUCUGCACAGACCUCCUGCUCAGACCACCACCAUCUCCACCUCCUUCUCCUUCUUCACCGCCGCAUCGACGCCGCCGCUGCCGCCGCCACCUCCGCCACUCGACGCCUCCAUCGCCGCCUCCAUCCUCGCCGCCACCCCUCAAACCCUGCCCCGAAUCCUCCAAGAUCCCACCAUCCAAUGGACGCCGGACCUCGUCGACAAGACCCUGAAGCGCCUCUGGAACCACGCCCCCAUGGCCCUGUCCUUCUUCGCCCACCUCUCCCGCCGCCGCCCCGCCUACGCCCCCGCCGCCGCCUCCUCCUUCGACCACGCCGUCGACCUCGCCGCGCGCGUCCGCGACUUCCGGGCCGCGUGGGCCCUCGUGGCCCGGAUGCGGUCCCUCCGCCUCGGCCCCUCCCCGAAGACCUUCGCCAUCAUCGCCGAGAGGUACGUCGCCGCCGGCAAGCCCGAUAGGGCGGUCAAGGUGUUCUUGUCGAUGCACGAGCACGGUUGCCGUCAGGAUUUGAGCUCUUUCAAUACCAUUCUUGAUAUACUGUGCAAGUCUAGACAUGUAGAGAUGGCUAGCAACAAGUUGUUUAAAGUUUUCGGGGGCAGGUUUAAGGCUGAUUGUGUUAGUUAUAACAUAAUUGCGAAUGGGUGGUGUUUGAUCAAGCGGACGCCGAUGGCUUUGGAGGUGUUGAAGGAGAUGGCGGACAGGGGGUUGACCCCGAGUUCGACAACAUAUAAUAUAAUGCUUAAAGGGUUCUUUAGAGCUGGCCAGGUUGAUGAGGCUUGGCAAUUCUUUCUGCAGAUGAAGAAGAGGAAGUGUGAUAUUGAUGUUGUCACGUAUACCACGGUGAUCCAUGGUUUCGGCAUCGUUGGUGAGAUUAAGAAAGCUAAAAGGGUGUUUGAUGAGAUGGCUAGAGAGGGAAUUCUUCCUUCUGUUGCAACUUAUAAUGCCAUGAUUCAGGUUCUCUGUAAGAAAGACAAUGUGGAAAAUGCAAUUCUGGUUUUUGAAGAAAUGUUGAGGAAGGGUUAUGUGCCCAACUCGAUCACUUACAAUUUGGUGAUUAGGGGACUGUGUCAUGCAGGGCAUAUGGACAGGGCUGUGGAAUUUAUGUCGAGAAUGGGGCAGGAUGGUUGUGAACCUAAUGUACAGACGUACAAUAUCAUAAUUCAUUACUUUUGCGAUGCCGGAAAAAUAGAGAAUGGCAUCCACCUGUUUGAGAAAAUGGGAAGUGGGGUUUGCUUGCCAAAUUUGGACACAUACAACAUCCUUAUCAGUUCCAUGUUUGUCAGGAAGAAAUCAGAUGAUUUGGUGCUGGCAGGGAAAUUAUUGAUUGAGAUGGUUGACAGAGGAUUUGUGCCAAGAAAAUUAACUUUCAACAGGGUCUUGGAUGGUCUUUUACUUACUGGAAACCAAGGUUUUGCAAAGGAGAUCCUUAGAGUGCAAAGCAAAUCUGGUCGUCUUCCUCGUCGUUUCAAGUUAUAGUUUGAGCUCUCUGUUGAUCUAAUAUUGAACCUGCCGAUGAAAUUCAUCCCCUUUUCCCAGCUUGAGUUUCAGCUUUUCAAAUCUUACAGAAUGCAUCAGCGAGCAGCAAACCUCCAGGGGACAGGUUUUGCCAUUGUAAGCACCUACGGAUGUGACAGAUACUCAUUCAACUUUUUUUAUUUUGAGUUUGUCCUUGUGACCCAAUGGUCAGAAUGAGAUAGUUGGUAGAUUGCUGUCCUGAUUAUACUUCUCCAGUUGGAACUUGGAUGAUGUUAUGGAAAUAUCGAUCAGGACUUCAGCAGAAAGAAAUCCUGAGCCUAGAGCACAGGCUUAUCAUCUCGAGGGAUGAAACUUUGAUCCUGUCUACUUGUUGCUUGACAUUGGGCAGUCGGGAAGGAAGAGAGGCUGCUGGAAUCUGUGGCACUUCUGACAUCUUCAGAGCCUUUUAUUUACAGUAAUUCAAGUGACAUUGUCAUUCAUUCAUGUGGAGGUCAGUUUGAUAUCCCUUGAUAAGGCUGCAAGGUUUUUAAGGGUGAUUGACUGCUCGAAUUGUUUAUCAAGGAGAACCCAGAAAUCCCUAUUUUCAGUUCUUUGAAUGAAUCUGCUGCAGCUUAAAAUACUUUACAUUCUUCUCCUCCAUGAAUGUCAUUGGGAAGGGUUCACCGUGCUACAAUACUCCGGCUUCAGGUGUUUGCUGAUGUGUGGUAAAUUUAGGAGCAAAUCUUUCACAGCUUCUUCAGUUUAACAGGCUGAUAUUCAGGACGGAAGCAAGUGAUUGGCUCGAGAGGCAUUCUGUGGCUACUCCUGACGAGAUCCUGGACUAGAAAGGACUGAAAACAAUUGAAAGCUGGAAUAAGAAGGAUGAGAUUCGGAGGAUGCACUUGGAUGAAGAAUUUCUUGUAUCGAAAACACUGCCCUUCAAAUGGACGGCAUUGUUGUAACUCCCUGAAAUGACUCCAUGCAGAAUUUCGAUAAAUUGCACCUCGCCUAUUAACUUUUUUCACGUACUGCAGUGCUUAAAGAACAUGCUUUGGCGAGAUAAGACUCAGAUAUGUGCAUGAAGAAAAUGUAAGGAUGCAGUAGCUGGGCAUCGAAGUAGCUUUACCCGCUCCAUCAAGCAACAGCAUAUAUCAAAUUCUGAGGAGUCAGCCACCCGGCAGAGCUCUGGCUUGAUAAUGGCAAUGAGAAAGUAGCAAUGACUAUGCAUCAAUAUGGUCUUCAUAUAAAUGCACUCUAUGAAAAUUUGCACAAGCCUUUUGUAAAUGGAAGUGCAAUAUCGAAACGUUAAAUGCUAAUGAGUAGAAAUAAAAUGAUAAACAAGAUCCGCAAUCUUGUUCGAUUUU